AUGUUCGGCUUAGCUAAGAGGUUUUGCACUGUUCUGGGUACGACCGCGAGACUUUCGCGUUGUCUUAACUCACAGUAUCUCUCAAAAUCAUACGUACGAUUUGCUCCUCUGGUGCAAUCUCGUUUCCUCUCCUCUAAUGUUGAUCGGCAAUUUGCUCAAAUCUUGACGGAGGAAAUCAAACAAGAAGCUGAAUGCGCCUAUUCUUGCGGUCCACCAAAAGGAUUUGAAGUCCAUAAACGAGAUGGAAGCACUGUUGUACUUAAAAAGUCCUUCCCAGACGGAGCUGUUAUGGAAAUUGAAAUGGACAUGGCAGGUAGUGUUGUUCCUGAAGAUGCUGAUGUCGAAGAAAGCAAUAAUAAAGAUGAAGAAACGGGUUCUUCUCUUGAAGCACGUCCCGAUCUCAAAAUUAGACUUAUUAAACCUAGUGGUCGCUCAGUUCUUUUCCAUUGCUCUUUUCCAUCUCACGAUGAUGUUGCCCAGCCCACUGAUCAAGAUGCAUCAUCUCUUCCUACUUUCUCAAUUGACAUGGUCGAGUUAGAGAAAAUCCCAGGCUACUUCGUGUAUACUGGGCUUUUUGAUGAUAACAUGUAUGACCACAUUAUGCGCCUUUUGACUGAACGUGGCGUUGACUACGACUUCCAAUGCCAGCUUCAGGAUUUUGCCACCUCGGAAGAGCAUGACCUGUACCGAAAGUUUUUGCAGGAAUUCCAUGUUUAUUGCGAGGAGUAG